CGGGAAGUACAACAUGGGUACACAACUUCAAACUAGUACUAGGUCAUAGAAAUUAUUUUUCACACAAUGAUCGACAACAGAUAUCCGGAUCGAGUAAUGAUUUAAAACCUGGCAAUGAUUUAUGAAACAACUGAAUGCUAGGAAGGAUAAUUAGGGCGGGCCCAAUGGCUUUCCGCACCUGAAAUUACAUAAUUAAUCGUAAACACUUGUCGGAGUGCGCACAAAUAAAAUAAUUUACAGCAUUUGUGAUUUAUUUUUUUUAAAAACUCUCCGUGAUAACUUGUCUUGUCACUGGGGAGCAGAGGAAGCCCCAAUAUAAAUGUUUCAUGCAGAUUGCUCGUCUCUCCGGCCUAUGAGCCUUCCGGGCUGCCGUAGUGAGGCGGGUGUUGAUGUUGUGACAGCGGCGCUUUGGAACGGCCGUUUGAAAGAUCGAGCCCAUGGCCGAGCGGGGCAGCGGCGGUGCGGCCGGAGCAAAGGCCUCCAGAUUAUCAGCUGAUGUUGAACCAUUUGUGCCAAAACAGCAAGCAGUAGGAGCCAAAUGGCCUGAAUCUUCUGCUACAUUGCCGAGAUAUUUAACGACCUGCUAUCCUUUCGUUCAAGAUCCUUAUGUGGACAGGCAGCAUUUGCACACACCAGAGAAUGGCUGCAAUAAACUGUCUCAGAAUUUUUCAGAAUUGCACACAUCCUAUCCAGUUGUGUCAUCUCACCUGCCUGUGGAUUACUCCUUGUGCUAUUCAUACAAACAAUCAUCUGAUUCCUCACUGAACGAAUACGCACAAACACCUUUACGCUGCGAUGACAUUUGCUUGUCAAAGCACAAGUAUGGUAGUAGAGGUAACAAGAAAAAACAGUCUGGCCAACAGGACUCCGAGAAGGAGAAAUCAUUUUUGAACCAAUCAUCCAAGGAAGCUAGGUCCAGAAAAGAAUUAAGAAACCAGGGACAAAACGUAAAUGAAGUACCUGAAGCUGCAACAGGUGAACACUUACAACAGCCUGAUGUAUUUAGGGAUAAUGCAACCAAAAGUCAGGACAAGCAGUCUAACAGAUGCCAGCACAGCAAAUCAAAGCCACUUCAGAAAAUUCAAAAUGAAUUUGAGCCUCAGACUACUAUCACAACUGAAGUUGCAUUAAGUGAUUUCCCCGUAUUACAGAGCCCAGUAACAAAGCAAUCUAGCUGUGACCUCAGAAAUGCUCGGGUGUCCAGUAAAAGCUCCGAGCAGUCCACCAAAAUACGGCCAUCAGAUGAUGCAACAGAUACGGAUGAGAGAAUGGGGACAACGCAAUUACCUAGAUUUCCAGUUGCUUCAGAGAAAUGUUCUGUCUCUGGUUCCACUACUGUCACAGCAAGUACAGUGGCACCACCUGCAUCAUCUUUAUCAUCUACUGCCACUCCAUCUGUGUUGUCGUGGGCCAGAAUUGUUUCACAAGCACCUAAGAAACCGGUUCUCAGUUCAGCUCCUCCAAAGAUAUCUGCACAUAAUGUUUCGCAGAGCACUGAUGGUGAAACAAAACUGAAAGAAGCAGCUGGGAAAGUGAAAAAGAAGAAAAAGAAAAAGAAGCCAAAGGAAUCCAAAGAUGCUUCAGAACCUAAUGAGUCCAGGAUAACUGUACAAGAGCUACCUCGAUUUGAGGAUGAUGAAGAGUUUCCAGAUCUGGCAUCUGCAAUAAGCAGUUCUGACAAAGCCAACAGUGCUGGGCAAGACCAGUUCUUUUCCUACAAACAGGUUACCAAAAGACAAUUAAAGCCAUCAGUGGAUGAAGAUCUAGUUUUAAGUGUGGCCAACUCCCAUGCUAUUGGUGGUGAACAGAUCUCUUUGGAGCUAGACCAGAAACCAGUCCAAAUUUUGAGAAAAGAAUCAUUUCAAGAAUAUGUAUCCAGUAGUCCACAGAAGAAAGCUGUGGAAGUUCCAAAGAAGAGUGGUAAAAAGAGUAAGGUACCCAUACAGCUAGAUUUUAGUGACAUGCUGGCUGUCCUGGAACAAAAACAACAGAAAUCAUCCAAGCACACCCCUAAGCCAGUUGUACUUGCAGUUGGAGGGACAUUUCCAUUGGUCCCCAAAGAAACCGCAGCAUCGAAGAGACAGCCUCAAAGCUCGAGUCAGGAAAAGGUUCCUCACAACCCCUUGGACUCAAGUGCCCCUUUAGUAAAGCGAGGAAAACAGAGAGAAGUCCCAAAGGCUAAGAAACCAACAUCACUGAAAAAGAUUAUUUUGAAGGAAAGAGAAGAAAGGAAACAGCGGCGCUUGCUAGAGGAAAAGGGGCUGGUCCCAUCAAGUUGCGACAUGUUUGCUCAAGCACUUGUUUUGGAUCAGAAUGCGAGUCUGGACACACAAAAUGGAACAGCUGAAUUAAAUGAUUCAACAGAAGAUUUGGAUGAUUCUGCACCUUCAUCUCACACUCAAAAUUUACAAUCCCUUUCUGAGACACCAAAAACUCCUGAAGAAACUUGGACAGAAAGUGUUCUCAUGAAUCCCAAUCGUCCAAAGAUACAUAGCAGGCGUUUUAGAGAAUAUUGCAGCCAGGUGCUCAGUAAAGAAGUUGAUAAUUAUGUGACUGACCUGCUGAAAGAACUUGUCCGUUUCCAAGAUCGCUUGUACCAAAAGGAUCCAAUUAAAGCUAAGAAAAAACGUAGGGUUGUCAUGGGGCUGAGAGAAGUGUUGAAACAUCUAAAGCUGAAAAAGCUGAAGUGUGUUAUAAUUUCUCCUAACUGUGAAAGAAUACAAUCCAAAGGUGGCUUGGAUGACGCAUUGCAUAUGAUAAUUGAAGUUGCCCGUGAACAAGAGAUUCCAUUUGUCUUUGCUCUUAAUCGCAAAGCUCUAGGCCGCUGUGUGAACAAAGCAGUUCCUGUUAGUGUGGUUGGAAUCUUCAGCUAUGAUGGUGCUGAGAACCAGUUUCAUCAAAUGGUUGAACUCACUGAAGAAGCUAGGAAAGCAUAUCAGGAAAUGCUUAAUGCCCUAGAGCAAGAACUUACGGCAGGUGAAGGAAAUUCAACAGAGCCACUGUGUGAUCUGCCAGAGGAAAGCACAAUUGCAUUGGAUAGCGUGACCUCUCAAUCUUUUUCUGAAGCCAGUGAACCAGAUUAUGUUACUACAUGGAGAAACUUGCUCAAGAGGCAGUGUAACCUCAACCUGUCAGACACUGAAAAUACAGGAAAUCCAGAGACUCUCCACUGUGACUCAGAAGAAGAAUCUGGUGAUUCAAUACAGAAUUUUCCAAAAUCAAUUCUUGAUUUUGAAUGUCAAGCAGCAAUAAGAUGAAUGUGUGGUUUUUCAUAGCACUGUAAAAUGUUUCUGCAGCUCUCUAUCCACUAUUUUGUGCAGGAAAUAGUGAUUAAAAUUUACAGUAAAUGAAAAGGCCUUUCAUAACUGUCACCUUUUUUAUCUAUCAUCCCCAAGUGAGAUUAAAUUUAAUUGCAUCCCACUGUUCCAAAAUCUAAUUUUCAGAAGAAUGCUAAUUAAGCAUUGAUAAACAUCAGGCAACCUUCAAUAGUCCGAAGAAACUAAGUAUGAUCUUUGGCUGAAAGCUAAUUCAUUGCCUCUUCCUGAGUUUGAAACUUGUGAUAUUUUGCACCAGUGCCACUCCAGUAUAAAUGUCCCUGAGAUCAGUCAGACAUCUCUUGUACACUACAGUUUUCCAACUUCCCUGAAAUUUUUAAUCUCCUACUGUAAUAGUUUCCAUCAAGGAUGAUGGUUUAUUCUGGAACAGAUCCCAUCCAGAGACUAGUGAAAGAAAGUUUGAUGGCCAGCAUUGCUGAGUUCUAGAUGACUUUUUUGGACAGCUGCUUAUAGAACAAACACAUCCAUUGCAAAACUAUAUGAUAAUCCAUCUUUUUGCCAUUCAGAAUGACUUAACAAUUUGAAAUGAACCAUUGGAGAGGCACUGAGGCAUACAAAUGCCACCAUGGCAAAGUAUCAUAACAAGCCUUCCCUCAGGACACGAUAUUCAAAAGCGGCCUCUCCAAUGACAAUAUAUAAAGUCAGAAUAACUAGUCAAAUGUCCUUGUGAUGCAUCUCGUUAUAGUACCUUCAUACUGAGUGGAUUUUUUCUAUGAAUGGUGAGUAAUUGCCCUCAAAUCCAAAUGGACAUCUCUUCAUUUUGUAAACCUUCAAAAUACAUAACCUGACAUUUACCUAUGUGAUAUGUCUACAAGUGCAUCAGUUAAUUGGCUCAUGUUUCUUUGAAUGUGUAGACUAUAAAGUUUGCUAAUGGUAUUAAACUGUGUGGCCAGAUAAGUAUACAACAAAAAAAAACCCUCAUCACUCUCAUCUGUGAAUAGUUUGAACAGCAAAGGACCUAGCACAAUCUUUGCAAAAGUCCAUUGUAAGUCACUCAAAAUAGUUCCAUUUAUCAUCACUUCAACUUCGAAAAGAGUUUUCCGUCCAUGUGACUGAUUUGUUAUUAACGCCCUGGAUGAACUGCGCUUAACCAUAAUCAAUUGCAAACCCCAACAGGCUUAUUUUGAAAGAACAUGACUAACUCCUCUGGUUAGGAUUAGCUUCAGCUGUGGUUUCUCACAACCGAAAUGGGAAUAAAACAUGUUACACUAGUAAAAGCAGAAUGCAGCUUAAACCCCUAAUCUAAGGAGUCUUUCUAACCAAUAAGUAAAAACUGCAGAAAUGUGGAUUUCCCAUGAUAUACUGGGUGUUUAUAAAAUCCUUGUGGAACUUUAAACUGGGAUAACUUUGGACGUACACAUGAUAGAAGCAAACCUUAGUCGGCACAUGAAAGCAUAAUGCAUAAAGUUUUAACACAACACACACAUUUCUAGACUUCAACAUAACAGCCAUUUUUUUAUGAAGCAUCGUUAAAUCCAAUUUUCUAACUUAUGAUUGAAUCAUCUGCUCAACAUAACCCAGUCCAGAAAUGAGGGAAUUGCCAGACCUGACCACUUUAAUAUUGGAUGGAGGUUCCAUUCUAAAUAGGCCCCUAUGAAAACCUGGACUGUUUUACUUUACUGUUGCCAUUUUCAUUCUGUUUCAGCAUCAUUAUCAUUAAAAAAAAGUUUAGAAAAUAUGCUUUCAUAUGCCAUGUUUGUUAUCAGGUAUACAUCCAAUGUUAUUAAAAUUGCACCAGAAUUUUAUAAACAUCCUGUACUGCUAACAGCUUUGCAGCAGUUAGCUCUGCAGAAUGGAGCUAGCUCCAAAGGUUGCUAGUUACUUUUACUUUGACAACACACUACUACAAAAUCAGCUUCAAAAGCUGAUGUAUCAAAAAUUGAAAAUGUGUUAUAUGGAAUUAAUUGGAGAUAAGGAACGUAAACUUUAUUUGUCACCUCUUACACAUAUAUCAUUAUGAGUCAUUCCUACAAUCUUUACUGUUAACCUUAUUUAAAAUAGCAACUUCAGCAUGCAUUGAAUCUAGUCCAACUCAAUAAUCCUUCUCAUUUAUUGGAAAAGGCUUUAUAUUAGAAAUCUAUUCAGUUUUCAGGUCAUUGUGAUCAGCACAUUGUUUUAAACAUUAUUGAAACUAUUUGUAUGGAGACUAAUAAUGGUCCUGUUUGUCGCACUAAGGCUCCAGCUUAUUUCUUCAGUGGACCAGCUAAUUCACUUUAUACUGUAGACUUUUCACCUCUAUGCUAAGCCGACCUCAUAAAUUAUGGCAGGUUAUCCGAGGACAAUUAGUUGUGAUGUGCCAAAGAAUAUUUUUUUUCAAAUUCAUAAUGCUGUCUCAAUCACUUUGAGGUAAUCGCCUCUCAAAUCCAAGGGACUGCUCUGCUGGUUUAAUCACUCAGUGGAAAUUCCACUCCUAAACUUGCUGAUUUUUCCAGGAUUAGGAGAUCUGCCCUAAUUUUGAUACUCUAGGUGCCUGCCUGCACUACUAUAGGUCUAUUUUAGUCACCCACCAGAAGGGGAAGCAGAGAAUGUGGCCAUUCAAAAGCUUUUUGUGCCACUAGCACUGCAGCAAUUUUUAGAAGUGUCGAUGGCCCCUUUCAUAAGAGGGAUGAUUAGACCAAAUUAGCAUUUUUGAUAGGGAUCCAAACUUGAACCACCUAGUGGGUUUCACCAAGACUGAGUUGAAGGUUGGUAUGCCUGAUUGAAUCAUCUGCUCAACAUAACCCAGUCCAGAAAUGAGGGAAUUGCCAGACCUGACCACUUUAAUAUUGGAUGGAGGUUCCACUCUAAACAGGCCCCUAUGAAAACCUGGAACAAAACUUGGCCAGACUUCUGUACCUCCUCUGUGUAGUUCCAUGAGACAAACAUGAGGAAUGCAUCACAAGGAAUGGGCAUUUUUGGGCCCAGCAUCUUUUGUCUCUGAGCAAUGACGACCAGUAAUGCCUCCAGCUCAGUCUUAAUCUGUGCUGAGUUAGCAGGUAUAACAGCGAAGUGUUACAAUUGGUUUUGGCACCCAUUGGCUAGGGAGAGAAAAACCUAUCAAGGUUCCUACUGCUGAUUGUUAUUCAGUGACCCCAACUGGGUGUGCAAGUGUGUGGACAGUGGAUGAAAUAGAAUUAGGCAUGGUGUGAUUUACUCCAUCAGUGUAUAGUCUGCCUAUGUUCAAUAUCAAGGACCAUGGGAAGAAUUGCCAAUCGGUGAGGCACUGGAGCUCAACCAUCUAUAGAGUAAUGAGGGAGCCAAAGCCUUCAGCAGCGAUGAGGAAGAGGUGAAAAAAGAGGGUAAAAGGAAAAAGCAGUGAAACUAUAUAAAUCCUACUUGAUUGCCUUAAUUUCGACAAGGAAUGCAAUAUUUUCACAAAUCCGUUUCUGUUUUUAACCUAACAUGGUCUGAUAAGCAUACUUUAGUUUGGGGGUUGUUUUGCUCAAAAUUAAACUAAACUAAAAUGCCAGUUUCAUGCUUGCUCAAUUUUUGCAUUUUCCAAAAAUUAUGAUGGACUUAGCCUAUCCUUAUAGUAUCAUGUUCUGAAAACAGUGAUUAACUGCCACCUUUACUAUAUUUAGUGUUUAAUAUUUCUUUGUUUUUAAUAGUUAUACAAUUUAGACAAAUCCAAAAUAUGCCUAUGCUAGAUUAUAAAGAAAUUAUGCUGAGGAUGGUUUAAUAAGAUGACAAAAAUACAAAGAAUGCCUGCACUGCCUUGAGCACAGUUGCUCUCCUGUAGGCAGCUCAGUCUGCUUUGUGGGAAGUAGGUGACUUAUUUACUUUUCUUGCUGCAGAAAUACCAUACCAAAAAAAAGUGUGCUUUUGUUUUUUUUUGUUCAACACUGUUCCUUUUUCCUUCCUUUGCCUGGAUUCUGCUAUUAAAUGUGCAGGGGGAAACAACUGCACAGAGGGUGUGCUAGUUAUGGAAUAGCAAGAACAGUCCAAGAGAGUUGUUUCUGCAUGCCACUUGUGCCUAAACAUUCUUUAAUUGGUUCAGGCCCAAGACCUGAGUUGUGAUGAGGAUUUGAGCCAGUUCCAAGUUUGUAAAACAGACAUCUACUUCCAAGAACACUCUUUUUUGCAAACAACGUUAGAUGUAAGCACACCAGCUGUAUCAAAGGCUGAAAAUGUUUUUAAUUUUUGUAUUUUUGCUGUUUGAAAAAAAUGGAGUUCCCUUAAAAGGUCAACUUUUAACAAUGUGACAAAAGGCACUAUUAUUCUUGCUUUCAAAAAAAAGCUGUGAUGCAUGAGGUGAUUGGUGAUAAUGGGCACUGAUGCCUGCUGAUCUCUAGCUCCAUACACUUGAUUUAUGAAGGCACUAAAGACUGUUUCAAUAUUGUAAAACUGUGACUUUUACUUUAAGGACAGAUUUUGUGGCAAGUAACUUAAAUUUAAUGCUGUAGAAUGUAUUCUGAAUUGCCUUUUUCAUAAAAAGAUGGACAUCUGUCUAAACACUUUCUUUGAAAACCUCAUUUAGUCGCUGUAAUACUUUAUAAAGACUAAUUAAAUACAAAUGAAUGUUAAAUUUUUAAUCUAAAAAUUUAUACUAGGUAAACAUGAUUCAAAUUUUGUUGCUUUGAGUAUUUUUGAAAAAUAAACAUUUUGACUAAAA